AUGCCCCCAUAUAGAAUGGAUAGAAAAUCUGCUAGAAUAAAAGCAGAGUUAGAAAGAUAUGGUUGGAAAGUUUCAAAGAAUUUUAAAUAUAGGAAGGGAAGACCCAUAAAAGUCUAUGACAAAUUGUCUGGUCUUCGCUAUGAAAUGGACUUGGAAACAGCACGCGCAAAUUAUCCAAACAGACUAGAGAGGUUAGAAGAAGAACGUCUUAUGGACAUGCCUUUCGAUGUUAGUGAGCCUCAAGUUGAAGGACACGACGGCUUUGUCAGGUUCUACUGGAAACAUGACGAACAAUUGCAUCCUUUGAGAAGGAAAAAAGGAAAAGGUGAAGACGCACAUGCUCCCAUGGAAAGAACAAGAUAUGCAUAUGAGAAGUAUCGUGAAGUUAGAAGUAAAAUUACAUCUGGUCAAACCUUUACAGUAAACUUUGACGAUGGAAAGAACAAAGAAGGCUUCAUGGGAGUACUUGCUGCAAUUCAAGACGGAAAUAAGAAAGGAUACAAUCUCAGAUUGA